AAUGGUAUAGCUCCACAAUACUUCCCUGCAGUUCCCAAAACCUUUCGUACAAUUCUCUCGAUACAGUAAAGAAGAAAAAUCGCAAGAAGACAAAAAGCCCUGUUCUCGGAUACAGGACCAAUUUAUGUGGUUGGUUGGUGGUGGCCACUUUUUGUCACUACUAGUUUACAAAAUGACAUCUCCCAUUUUAUCACGAGCUCUCUUAGUCUUUGCCCGUCGCCGUCGCAUCAUUCAGUCUCUUCUCCUUCAUCUCUCUUCCCAAAAUCCCAGUUUGUUUUCACGGCUCUAUACCCUGUAGUAUGUCUUCAGCAGCAGUUGCCUCACAGGGGCCAUUCUCCAUGCAGUCCUUAUCAACAGAUGAGCCUGUUGUUUCAGUUUCCUGGCUCCACUCCAAUCUCCGAGAACCUAAUGUGAAGGUGUUGGAUGCUUCUUGGUACAUGCCAGAUGAACAGAGAAAUCCACUUCAAGAGUACCAGGUUGCACAUAUACCUGGUGCACUUUUCUUUGAUAUUGACGGCGUAACAGAUCGAACCACUGAUUUGCCACAUAUGUUGCCGUCAGAGGAAGGAUUUGCUGCUGCUGUUUCUGCCCUUGGCAUUGAGAAUAAAGACACGCUUGUUGUUUAUGAUGGGAAGGGAAUUUUCAGUGCAGCUCGUGUUUGGUGGAUGUUUCGAGUAUUUGGACAUGAACGGAUUUGGGUUUUGGAUGGUGGCUUUCCGAGAUGGUGUGCUUCUGGAUUUUAUGUUGAAUCAAGUGCAUCAACUGAUUCUAUCUUGAAAGCUAGUGCUGCCAGUGAUGCAAUAGAGAAAGUGUACCAAGGACAACAGGUUGGACCAAUUUCCUUCCAGACCAACUUUCAGCCACAUCUUAUCUGGACACUUGAGCAGGUUCACAAAAAUAUUGAGGAACACACGCAUCAGCAUAUAGAUGCUCGCUCAAAAGCUAGAUUUGAUGGGGUUGCACCAGAGCCACGGAAGGGAUUAAGAAGUGGUCAUGUUCCCAGGAGCAAAUGCCUUCCCUUUCCCCAGAUGUUGGAUGGCUCGCAGGCACUCUUACCUGCAGCUGAGCUGAAGAAGAAAUUUGAACAGGAAGGAAUCUCACUAGACAGCCCUGUAGUAUUGUCAUGCGGCACUGGGGUGACUGCAUGUAUUCUUGCAUUGGGCCUUUAUCGACUGGGGAAGACUGAUGUUCCAGUAUAUGAUGGGUCAUGGACAGAAUGGGUCAUGAGGAGCAAUCCUGAUACACUCUCCUCUUCCCAGGUGUAGAUCUAACGAGUACGUUUGAUGGCAAUUGGUUCCAUGGACACCAACACAAUCUGAUGAUAUGAUUUGUUGCCAAGUCAUCACUGAUUAUGACGAAAUGAAAAUGUAAUUAGUUGCAUGUACUAAAGAUUUUAUUCUUGAAGGAUUGAAAGAAGCAACAGGAUCUCUACAUAGUUAUUGCCGGUUGGAGUAUCUUUACUGAAAGCGGAGGGAGAAUGCCGACUUCUUUAUUUUCUGUCUUCUUUAAUGUGAAGUGUUGCGCUUUCAUAUUUUUCUUGAUGGCGCAGUCACACAAUAAAUAAAGCAAUGAUCUCCAGAAAACA